AUGGAAAGAUUGGGAUCCUCGUCCAUGGUUCUCGAGAACAUAUGGGCCACUUUCGUUGCACAGGAAAUCCCUUACACAGAUUCUCAAAUUCAAGGCGGUGCAGUUUGUAUCACUUGUCCUUCCGCCUCAACAACAAAUUCUCUGACAAUGAAUCACUGCAACACCAUUUUCGGGGGCUCCAAUCUGAGCACCUGUGAAGAUGAUGGUUCGUGUAAGACGCUGAAAGAAUCGGACUUAACCGAUGUUCUAGAAAGGCUUGUGAGCCUGAGGCGAUGGCUGUCUGUCAACUGCGAAGCUCUUGACCUAGUCAAAGUGAAAAGCCAGUCGGAGGAGGGGCAUUGUGCGGAACAAGAGAGGACCAAAAGAAGACGUCUUGGUGGUUCAGAGGCGGCUGAGAAGCGAUACAGAGGUGUUCGGCGACGGCCCUGGGGAAAGUACGCAGCAGAAAUUCGAGAUUCAACGAGACAUGGCGCCCGGAUUUGGCUUGGGACGUUUCUGACGGCGGAGGAGGCGGCCAUGGCCUACGACAAAGCAGCUUUUAAAAUGAGGGGCGCUCAAACCCAGUUGAACUUCCCCGUGGAAACAGUCGAACGGGCUCUGGCUCAAGAAUAUGUUGACUGCAAACCGAUAAUUCCUCCGUUGUGA